AUGUGCCGCAGGGAUUCCAUACGUGGCAAGGAGUCUGCUGUGAGGCCUGGGCGAAAUGGCGAGCCUUCUGCGUAUUGCUGUUAGCGGCUGCUCAACUCCUGUUUUUGGCAAUGUGUUACUACCUAAGGUGCAUUCUGCAAAGAUGCCGUGUUGGCGAAUGUUUAGAACGCACCAGAUGCUCAGGUCUCAGGUGGCUCCAAAGCCAGGAAUUCCUUAUAAACAGCUGACUGUAGGUGUCCCCAAGGAGAUCUUUGAGAAUGAGAAGAGAGUGGCUUUAUCACCAGCUGGAGUUCAAGCCUUGGUUAAACAAGGCUUCAAUGUUGUGGUGGAAUCUGGUGCUGGAGAAGCUUCCAAAUUUUCUGAUGACCAUUACAGAGAAGUUGGAGCAAAGAUCCAGGGGACCAAGGAAGUUCUGGCUUCUGAUUUGAUUGUCAAAGUGAGGGCUCCUAUAUAUAACUCGGCUCUAGGUGUACACGAGGCAGAUCUUUUUAAGAUGGCGGCUACCCUGAUUAGUUUUAUCUACCCAGCACAAAAUCCAGACCUCCUGAAAAAACUUGCGGAAAAAAAAACUACUGUCUUGGCUAUGGAUCAGGUUCCACGGGUCACCAUUGCUCAGGGAUAUGAUGCACUUAGCUCCAUGGCCAACAUUGCUGGUUACAAGGCUGUGGUACUGGCAGCAAAUCACUUUGGUCGAUUUUUCACGGGUCAGAUCACAGCUGCUGGUAAAGUUCCUCCAGCAAAGGUCUUGAUCAUCGGAGGAGGAGUUGCUGGCCUCGCCUCUGCAGGAGCCGCUAAAUCGAUGGGUGCAGUGGUUCGUGGAUUUGAUACUAGAGCUGCAGCUCUGGAGCAGUUCAAGUCUCUUGGUGCUGAGCCAUUGGAAGUAGACAUAAAAGAGUCUGGAGAGGGACAAGGUGGUUAUGCUAAAGAAAUGUCCAAAGAAUUUAUUGAAGCGGAAAUGAAACUCUUUGCCAAGCAGUGCCAAGAUGUUGAUAUUAUCAUCACUACAGCGCUUAUUCCAGGCAAAAAAGCUCCCAUCUUGUUUAAGAAAGAUAUGAUUGAAUCAAUGAAGGAAGGUUCAGUUGUUGUGGAUUUAGCUGCAGAAGCAGGGGGAAACAUUGAGACUACAAAGGCAGGAGAAGUCCAUGUUCAUAAGGGUGUUACACACAUUGGCUACACAGACCUGCCUAGCAGAAUGGCUACGCAGGCCAGUACUCUCUAUUCCAAUAACAUUAUCAAACUCUUAAAGGCUAUUAGUCCUGACAAAGAGAAUUUCUACUUUGAUCCAAAAGAUGAAUUUGAUUAUGGAACUCUGGAUCAUGUUAUCAGAGGAACUGUAGUCAUGAAGGAUGGCAAGGUGAUUUUCCCAGCACCUCCACCAAAUAACAUUCCUCAAGGAGCCCCUGUGAAACAGAAGACUGUAGCAGAGCUGGAAGCGGAAAAAGCAGCUACUAUUACACCUUUUAGAAAAACUAUGACUAGUGCAUCUGUAUACACAGCAGGUUUAGCCAGCAUGUUAGGACUGGGCAUUGUAGCUCCUAAUACUGCUUUCACACAAAUGGUGACGACAUUUGGCCUAGCUGGAAUAGUGGGAUACCAUACAGUAUGGGGUGUGACUCCUGCUCUCCACUCUCCACUCAUGUCAGUGACUAAUGCUAUCUCAGGACUAACUGCAGUUGGUGGGCUGGUGUUGAUGGGAGGAAACUAUCUCCCUGAAAACACUCCUCAAAGUCUAGCAGUACUUUCGACCUUUAUCUCUUCAGUCAAUAUUGCAGGUGGGUUUCUAGUUACACAGAGAAUGCUGGAUAUGUUCAAACGUCCCACAGAUCCUCCUGAGUACAACUACUUGUACCUACUUCCUGGUGGUCUAUUUGUAGGAGGCUAUGCAGCUGCUCUCAAUGGUGGCUAUAAUAUUGAACAGAUAAUGUAUCUGGGCUCAGGCUUAUGCUGUGUUGGUGCCCUGGCUGGUCUGUCCACCCAAGGAACAGCUCGUCUUGGAAAUGCUUUGGGUAUGAUUGGUGUUGCAGGAGGUAUAGCAGCAACUCUUGGAGGCCUUAAACCCUCACCUGAAUUGUUAGCGCAGAUGUCAGGUGCAAUGGCACUUGGUGGUACCAUAGGUUUGACGAUUGCUAAACGCAUCCAGAUUUCAGAUCUGCCUCAGCUAGUGGCUGCUUUCCAUAGUUUGGUUGGUUUGGCUGCUGUGCUCACCUGUGUAGCAGAAUACAUGAUUGAAUAUCCUCACUUUGCUACUGAUCCAGCUGCAAAUCUCACCAAGGUUGUGGCGUACCUUGGCACGUACAUUGGUGGAGUGACUUUCAGUGGCUCUCUUGUUGCUUAUGGAAAACUGCAAGGUAUCCUGAAUUCUGCACCAUUGCUUUUGCCUGGUCGACAUGCAUUGAACGCAGGAUUGCUGGCUGCCAGCAUUGGCGGAAUGGUUCCGUACAUGGUUGAUCCUAGCUACACUACGGGAAUUACUUGCUUAGGUUCUGUGUCAGCUCUCUCAGCCAUAAUGGGUGUCACUUUAACAGCAGCUAUUGGAGGUGCUGACAUGCCUGUAGUUAUUACUGUCCUGAACAGUUAUUCUGGAUGGGCUUUGUGUGCUGAGGGCUUCCUACUGAACAACAACUUGCUGACCAUUGUUGGUGCACUCAUUGGCUCCUCUGGGGCCAUCCUGUCUUACAUCAUGUGUGUGGCUAUGAACCGUUCCCUUGCAAAUGUGAUUCUAGGGGGCUAUGGCACCACGUCAACAGCUGGUGGGAAGCCCAUGGAAAUUACUGGAACCCACACAGAAAUCAAUGUGGACAAUGCAGUUGAAAUGAUAAAGGAAGCCAAUAAUAUUAUUAUUACUCCAGGUUACGGUUUGUGUGCAGCAAAAGCUCAGUACCCCAUAGCUGAUCUGGUGAAGAUGUUGAGAGAACAAGGAAAAAAUGUCAGGUAA